CUGACUUACAUCGCCUCCUCGGUCUCUUGUAGACGGAGUGACUGCCCCUAGUGCCCCUGGACCCAAUUUUUCAGUCAGGAAGCUGUGGGAGAUUCCGAGAGACACCUGGCGACGAAAAAACACAAUUCAGUCUUGAAAUCAUCUGCAUCAAUCCAUUGGACAGACUGUGAACACGUCAGCCCGAAGAUACCCUCUGCACAACCAUGUCUUCCUGUGGAAAUUCGCCACAAGCGUCUUCUGACCUGGAUGUUAUAGAAUCCAUGAAGGACUACUACGGCAAAGAGGUCAGAACCAAAGACUCCUGCGCCACGGGGGUCACUACGCUGACCUUCUCGCCUGAGGUUCGCAAGAUCGUGCGCGAGGCCUUCGAUGACGUACACGAUGAGGUCACGGUCAGAUACUAUGGCUGCGGGCCUGCAAUACCGGAAGCGAUAGAAGGAUGUAGUAUCCUUGACCUUGGCAGCGGCAGUGGGAGGGACUGCUUCGCGCUGAGCAAGCUGGUUGGUCCGUCAGGUCACGUGGUAGGUGUGGACAUGACACAAGAGCAGCUGGAAUUUGCAAGAGGUUACAUCGACUAUCACACUCAGAAGUUUGCUUACAGCCAGCCCAACGUGGAGUUUAUCUUUGGCUACAUCGAAAAGCUCGUGGAGGCUGGUCUGCAACAAGGAAGUAUCGACAUCAUCAUUUCCAACUGUGUGAUAAACCUCUCCCCUGACAAGCAGGCGGUGCUGAGGGAGGCGCACGCUGUCCUCAAGGACGGAGGGGAACUGUACUUUAGUGACAUGUACACUGACACCAAGCAGACAGACGAGAUGAAAAAGGAUAAGGUCCUCUGGGGGGAGGGAAUCGGAGGAGCCUUGUUGUGGGACGAGCUGUACCAGCUGGCUGCUGAGAUCGGCUUCAGCUCUCCACGUCUUGUCACAGCAAAGCCCGUAGAUACCAGUCAGUUUAGUGACCGAAUAGGUUCAGCCAGGUACGUAGCUGUGACAUACAGACUGUUCAAACUACCCGCACAAGGAGUAAGUGGACCUAGUCGUGUCUCCUACAAAGGUGAUAUUGCAGGUUGCCAGGAGCGGUUGAAACUUGACGACGUCACAGUAUUUGAGAAAAAUGAAGAAAAGGUGGUGGAUUCUGAGCUGGCGACCAUUUUGACAACUUCCCGUUUCAAACAGUCCUUCAAUAUUACCAACGCCCCGGAUGCAACUCCAGAAACGAAAGAUCCGAAGGUAAACCCGUUUGAGCUUCUUGACGAGCGGUGUGCCAAGCCCUGUGUGCAAGGAGCGUGCGCUCCAUGACGUCCUCGUCACAACGAUCAUCUGGCCGAUGAGCGAAACUACUACACUACUGACUUUUCCUCCUUGCUGGGGGUUUUUCCUCCCUUUUGUAACGUGGCUGGCUUAGCAACUUCGGAUUGUUUUACAAUUUUUUUGUGGUGUGAACGUAUAGAAUUUGUUGUAAAGUAAAAUGACCACUGAAAGCA